AUGAUGGUCGUAAAUAGUUUUCAGGUGGAAAAUAUCCUAUUAACCGCUGCACGAACUCAAGAAGCAACUGUGACACCGCAUCUUUUUAAGCUGAUUUUCUCUUUUUACAUGAAGAGAAGUGAUUUCGAAAGCGCAGCACGAGCUCAAUACGAGUAUGCUUUUGUUCUGCGCACCCAAGCCGAGCAAACGCCUGAUCUCCUCCUUAGGCGAAGAGACGCUCUUGCAGUAGCAUCCACGUUGUUGGAUCUUUUACCUGAAGAAGAUCGCUUUCUAUCCUUCCCUCACGUGCUUGAUGAAGAAAUUGAAAGUGAAGGAGCGAUGGAAUCAAGCGCAGACAUAACACAGGAAAUGAUUGACGUUGCGAUGGGUGACGUCAUCGCAGAUGAGCUGAAUAUGGAGACGCCGAAACGUACUGCUACUCGCAAAAGAAUGUUCAUAUUGUCAGCUGAAAAGCUGUGCGAAGAAUGGGUGAUUGCAAAUGCUCGCGUAGCUUUGUUGUCCACUGGCGAAGUACCUCCAACUGAACCACGGGAAAUAGUGGACAGUCUGAUAAGCAUCAAAAAUUACGAUGUUGCGCUUGAUGUAUGCAGACAUUGUGACGUUUCCAUAUGUGACGUUCUAUAUGCUGUAACUCGAGAGGCCAUUAUGGUAGAUGCAGAUCCACCAGAAACUCCGCCAGGUUGGGUGCAACUGAAUCAACGACGGGCAGGGAAGCUAUGCAUCAAGUGA